AGGACAGAGCAGUUCCUCUUCGCAGUGAGCGCUGUUGCCUGCACACAGGCGAGCUGUACGGAGCUCGAACAGGUUCUGCCGGGACUGGUUUCGGCCUUAAAUCUGAACUGGGCAGGGUGGAGACCAGGAAUGUGACGCGGCGCCAUACCACACUCGGUGGACUGGGGGAAGAACACGACUCUCCCGGCCUGAACAUCAAGUUAUCUAAGCGGCGACUACACACAAAGCUUGUUAAAAACUCAAAGAUUGUACCCCCCACUCCAUCAUGGCCCAUCGCUCCCAGUGUUCUUCAAUGGGAGACAACCCUCUGGAUCCUAACUAUCUACCACCACAUUAUCGGGAAGAGUACAGACUGGCAAUAGAUGCUCUGGUGGAAAAUGAUCUUGAUGGGUACUAUGCAUUUUUGCAAAAUGCAAAUAUUGUUGAUUUCCUGUCAAGGCCAGAGAUUGAGCACAUUAAAAAUACUGUGAAAACGCCACAAAGAGUUUCAUCUGUACCAGAACUGCCUUACCAUGAAAUGGAUCAGGAUGGUUCAUCAGACACAUACUGGCCACUGCACUCUGAUUUGGAUGCGCCAGGUUUGGAUCUUGGUUGGCCACUGCAACAACACAGUUUUGUAGGCCCCACUGAAGUUAGAACACUGGUAAACCCCUCAGACCCUGAAAUGCCUAGCAUCAAGGAACAGGCCCGACGGCUCAUUAAAAAUGCACAGCAGGUCAUUGCAGUGGUAAUGGAUAUGUUCACAGAUGUUGAUAUAUUUGCUGAUCUGCUUGAUGCUGCUCAACGGCAUGUGCCUGUUUAUAUUCUACUGGAUGAACAAAAUGCCCAUCACUUUGUUGCCAUGGUGACAAGCUGCAAAGUUAACCUGGAUAUGGUUCAUAUGAUGCGGGUGAGGACUGUUGCUGGCAUUACAUAUUUCUGUCGCACAGGAAAGUCAUUUAAAGGACAGUUGAUGGACCGCUUCCUUCUAGUUGACUGCAGAGCAGUGCUCAGUGGGAAUUAUAGUUUUAUGUGGUCAUUUGAGAAGAUACACCGCUGCAUAGCUCAUUUGUUUUUGGGAGAACUUGUGGCCACUUUUGAUGAGGAAUUUCGCAUUCUCUUUGCUCAGUCCCAGCCCCUUGUUGUUGAAAAUUCCCUGGUGCCUAUGCCACCUGACAGCACUAGUGGAUACUUAAGCAACCAGUUCGGAUUAAAAAGGUCACAAUCUCUGAGGAAUCCUCGAGGAAUCCUUCGGCACUCUGAGCAUUUGGGAUACCCAUUUGGAGGAGACCGCCUUGAUACCGCUCUGCCCUUCAGAAGGGAUGACCCAUUCCGCCACUCCAUUGAGCCAGGAGGUAUUGCUUUGCAGGUUGGCAAAUUCAGUUCACAUCAGAUGAGAAUGCAGCAGUCUUUCUUGGAGCAAGGCAGGCCAAUAAUUGCUUCACGCCAGCUAGAAAUGAACAUGUAUAAAAGGCAUAGCUAUGCUGAAGGCACCCAUGAGAGCUACUCCUCUUCUCGACAGUACAUGAAGCAUCGUGUUAUGAACAACUUGGAUGAGAUGGAAACACACUAUCAGAGAGACCAACAAUUCUAUCAAAGUGAGGGUACAGGACUAGAAACUGGACGCUUUGACCCUCUUCGGAGCUCUAGUCUUUACCAGCUAGAUCAAUACUCUGACCCUAUGUAUCAACUUGAACUAGAAGCACCAGAAAGUCACAAUGUCUUAUCCUCUGAAGAUCUUAGCAAUGAUCCAGAAAGCAAGCUUCAUGAAGGCGUGGCUCAUUUUGGCCAACCAAACCAAAAACGGCCAACUCUCAGUCAUGCAUAUGCCUGUCAGCGCUCACCCACUCAACUUCAUCCUCCAGACCAUAAACAUGUGUUCCCCAGUGAAGAGCAGGACAGACAGUCCCAAGACGAAAAUGUUAAGCAGGGAUUGCGGAGCUGGAGGAUCAACUCCUACCUUAAUACUUAUGAAAAUGCUGAAGAAGAAGGCUUGCAACAGCCUUUUGGCCCAGACACUUUUGAUGAGCCUCCACCACAACAACAACAACAACCUGAAAGCAGACAGUACAACCCAGAGGCUCCAGUGCUUCGCUUUAACACACAAGAGCCACCUACCAUACAAAGUAAACCAAAACUUGAUUUACGGCCUCGCUUUGGUAAACCCAUUUUACCAGACAGGAAACAAGUAAAAGAUAUAAUCACUGAUCAGGCUUCUGCAGGAAUGGAAUCUCAAAAUAAAUCCGCUAUUACAGCGACACCAUUCACAUCAGCAGAAACAGAUAGUGAAAAGGAGAUGAAUUUAAAGGAUUCCAAAAAUUCAAAGGAAAUCAGCAUCACCAAACAUGAGUCGUUCCGGACCCGCAUCAACCCAGUGCUGCAGAGGAGCUCACGGUUACGCUCCUCCCUCAUCUUCAGCUCCUCUAAGGUAGAGCAACACAGCUCUGCACUUUCUGGAGAUAAGCUACAAGAGGAUGAAGACAACAACUCAAUUAGAACCUCUUCAAUUGUAGCAGAGAUUUUAGAAAAGAGGAGAUCAUUUUCUAGGGAGCCUUUUGACUGGAAUAAGCAUAAAAAGAAAGAUGAAAAAGACAGUAAGGGGUUGGUACAAGAAGAAGUAACUUCCAAAACAGAGGAAGUCCCUGCUAAGAACACUAAAGAAAUGAAAGAGGAACCGAAGAAUCCUGUGCUUGAAGAGAAAGAGAUUACAAAACAAACAGAGCCUACAUUGCCAAAACCGAAACCCCUCUUCUUGGACAUGAAUGAUCCAGCAAGCCGUCUGCAGUACUUUAAAGAACUGUCUAUAAAGAGAAAGAACUUACAAACAGAGGAAGCUUUAAAUAAAAGUCAAGAGCCACUUCCAAAAAAGCCAGAUCUAGCUGAUAUUCAACCGAGCACAACAGCAGCCGUAGUUCCAUCCAUUUCAGUUACCCAUGCAGAUCCCUUCUCAGCAACACCAACACCAUCAACAACAACGCCAUCAACAUCAAUAACAUCAACAACAUUAACAACAUCAACACGAUCAACAACAACAGCAACAACGGUACAAAUAGAUUCUGCUGCAAAACCCUCUGUGGUAACAACAAAGUUAAGACUUGGUGAAGAAAAAAUACAUAUGGAUAGUUCUGUGCAGAUGGAGGAGUCUACAGAUGCAGCAAAGAAAGAGACGGCUAAGGAACCAAAGACACCAAAACCUUUUCCUUCACCUAAGUUUACACUGAAACCUUUCAAAAGUUCUCACACACGGCGCACCUCCUGUGGUGACGAUAUUCUCACAGAUGCAACAGAUGCUGAAAAAAGCGAACUUAAAAAGUCUCGAAGCCUCAGCAUAUCAAGCACGCCACACACAGAGUCCAAGGAAAGUCUUAGCUUAAGUCGACAUGGCUCCAACUUGUCCCUAAAUGUUUCAGGCUCAGAAGGCAAAGACACAAAGGCUCUUGAUUUUCUGAAGAAGCAAACACAGAGACUAAAGGGUUUUCUGGGGCCCAAAGGAGAAAAAAAGAAUGCAGGAGGGUUAAGUACUGCAGAUGACAAGCAAAUGAAAACUGUCCCUGAACUAUCAGAGGAAACUUCCUCUAAAGGGAAAGAAACUCACUCCGAUUCAGUGUCAACAUCAACAACUGACAAUUCUAAAUCAAUCAAUAAGCCAAGUCCCUCUCGCUAUCAGUCCUCUACCUCUACUGUGCUAUUCAGCAGCAACCUCAGGGAUGAUACCAAGGUAAUCCUUGAGCAAAUCUCUGCAAACAGCCAGAAGAAUAGACAAGAGCUGGCCAAGCAGGCUGAUGAGACUGUAAAAGCAGAAGGGGAAAAAGGCCAGGUUUCAAAUAUUGAACAUGAGCCAGUCCCGCAAUACCAGAGUCGAAACCGGUUCAACCGAGCUCAAGUCAAUCCUCAGGAGCGGGACAGCCUACUGAAGAGAAUAGAGAGUAUGCGCAAAGAGAAGAAGGUCUACAGUCGCUUUGAGAUGGGGAAUAACCUUGGAUAACAAAACAUGGCAGAGGGGGCAUACAGUUUACGAAAAGGUCUGAGACUUCAAAAAGGUGCCAGCAACUGACAUGAUAAACUCUGAAAAAGAGCAUAAAAAACCCUCAAAUCUGAGGAGUCUGUGCCAACCAGGGGCCCGCAGUCAACUCACUCUGCCCUUAAAAGGCAUCAGUGCACACUGCCUUAUAACAGAAAUCAAACAUUAUCCCCGCUGGAUAUGUAAACACAACUGGCCAAAAAAGUAUUUCAACAAGUUUCAUGAUUCGUGCAUGCAUCAGUUCAGUGUUUGUGACUUUUCAAUAUUACGCCAUUCUCAGGUGUGUGAAGUGGACCGACAUGCCUAGACAAAAGUAUAAGUAUAGCAGAACCGAUGCCCCCCCCAAUCAUACACUCUACAAGACACAUCUUGCUGCAACCACACCUGUGGUUUAGCUGUGCCAAUGGAAUACAUGUCUUAAAGAAUCCAAUGUUUUAAAGAGUCCAAACAGGGUUAGUUGAAGGGAAACAAAGUAACAUGCAAAUGUAGAAGAGGAUGGUAUGAGAGAGGUAAAAGACAGAGUGUGAGUGGGAAAUCUCAACACGAGACACUAUGACAGAAGGGAGAGAUAAAAGAAAAUGUAAGAAAAAAGUUUUGAGGUUUGUUAAGGCAGUCAAGGCACUAUUAUGAUGGCAGACAAGAGUUAAGAGUAACUGAGGGUAGACAUGUUCUAAUCUUAACAGCAACAAUAAAAACUUUGAGGAUAUUCACUUAUGGAUUAUUGAGGCCCUAUAUUGAUCUCCCUAAAUGAUGGACAGUGAAGUCAAAAUUGUAAACAAAUUAGCAAAAUUAUGGAGGAAACAAUGGACCAAAAUUUUAGAAUAUGAUAUUUCUUUUUUUGGGUAUUUUUGAGAAUAUAUGAUUAGUAUAUUAUAAUCAGUAGCAGUUUUUGACUUCACAGUCUCAUUACAUUUGGAAGACAACAUACUGUAUAUGAGUCAAAGUUGACAUUUCGAAGAUAACCUUGAUAAUACAAGGUAAUUUUUAUCAUACAUGGUUAGAUAACUAUAGACUCAGGACUGGGCCUAGGCUCUAUUUUGUCAGUGCAAACUCUUAAUUAUAGUACCAAAAAAACAGGUACUGUCAAAGACCAAAGAACUCCCAGGGCAUCUAAUCAGGUGCAAGCUGUAAAACAUUAGGUAUUUGAUAGGGGGUAUGAUUAUUACAUUUUACUUUUGACACUAUGUUGAUUAUACUUUUGUCUCCAUUUAAAAUUUUGGUGAACAUAUUGUAAAUUUUGUAUUAUGUGAACAAAUAAAAACUGAAAUUCUGAA